GCUGUCGGCGGAGGGACUGUGCCGUUCAUUUAAUUCCCGCUGGCGGCGCUGCGGGUUUAUUGGUGUUAGGUGUGUUUCUGCAUUUUUAACCGGACGGAGGCCUUUCCGCGAUGGAGGAUCAGGAAUUGGAGUCGAUUCGGCGCCAGAGACUCGCUGAGUUGCGGGCUCAGCGCGGGGAUGCACCCGAUGAUCAGCAGAACCAGCAAGAGGCGAAACAGCGGGAAUCAGAAAUGAGGAACAGUAUUCUUGCUCAGGUUUUAGAUCAAUCUGCUCGUGCCAGAUUGAGUAAUUUGGCACUAGUGAAGCCUGAGAAAGCCAAAUCAGUGGAGAAUUACCUUAUCCAGAUGGCAAGAUUUGGGCAGCUUGGUGGAAAAAUUUCUGAAUCAGGAUUGAUUGAAAUCCUUGAGAAAGUCAACCAACAAAUGGGAAAGCAAACUAUUGUCAAGUUCAACAGAAGAAAAGUAAUGGAUUCUGAUGAAGAGGACGAUUACUGAAUUCUGAACAUCCAAAGAAACUAAUUUAAUAAUAAGGGGAAUAAAAGCUAGAGAGCUGUGCUGACAGAGGAUGAGCAGAUGUAUUUGAUAUUUUUCCCCUUGUUUACUGAGAGAAUUCUCUAUAGUUUUGUAUCUGUGGGUGGAAAUAGCAAAUCACUUGACAACUUGGUGGUUCUAAAUGCUGCUUUUAAAGCAUGGAUAGAAUCUCCUGGUGGUUGUGUGUGGAAAUUUACUCCUGAGAGUGACUUUUUGAAAAGACUUUGAAGACCAUCUUAAACAAUUUCUCUGGUUAACCCCAUUCAUUGCUGAGAACAGCCAUUAAGGCUGUCUACAGAUGUGUACAGGUAAUUCUGAUUAAUGUCUAAAUGGAGGAAGUCUCCAGUUUCAUUUCAAUCAAGUUUGAAUUAAACUGCUACUGAUAUUGUGGAAUAUCAAAAACAAACAGUUGACAUGUAAAUUGGAGAUAUUGUGCACGAAAAGCAAUAUACAACUUGUUUUGCACACCUGAGUAUUGGUGUUUUGUUUAAUUUUACUCUUCAGGGCUAAUUCUAGAUUGGUGAGCACCACACUCAUGGGAAAUUGCUGGCAGACCACCUGCAACAUUCAGUUCAUGGACCUCUGUGGGCCCGUGGUGUGCUCCUUGCUGGGAGUGUGGGAUCUGCCCUUCUUGUUUUGAGUUACUAUAUGGCAAAUAAUUUUGAAAUUUUAAUUUAAAAGAAUACUGUUUCUUUGCUUGUUUUUGUUUUUAAAAAUUAAUUCCCAAAUUUAGUCCAAAUCUCAUUGCCAGUACAUAAUAAAGAUGUACUUCAUUGCAA